AUGAGGAUGAACUCUUGCUCCACCUUCGCCGCCUCGAUGUGGCUUAUAUUUCUUGCGUUCUCCGAUGUUUUAGUUAACGCCAAAUACCUCGACAUCUCUCACGAGUAUGUACCAGGCUUGCCCAAAUAUGAUUCGCCUACUGGUCUGGGAACUUUCAUGAAGGAUAGCACUAGUAUUCUUAAAGGGGAAGAUUUUAACACCCGCAACUUCAAUUUGAGCACGGAUUGCGGGACUCACUAUUGGGACUUUGGGAAUCAUCAGUGGACUCAAGUUGAGACUGACUAUGAUCAGAGUUUUGUAGAUCACUUUCCAGAUGAUGUGAGUCCUGAAGUUCUGUUUGUGGUGGGACACAGCUCCGGUAAUUAUUGCGGGACUCACGUCAAAGCCUUCACUGAUGUUGAAUCCCUAGACCUCACCGUUCUCAAUGGUCCAGCGUUGGUGGUUGAAGUUCCGAAGGACAAGAACAUAACUGCUGAAGUUAUGCAGAGCUUAAACAUUCCCAAAGGAAUAAAGCGUGUACUUUUCAAGACACUGAAUACCCAAAGGAAACUUAUGUAUAAAAAGGAGUUCGACUCAAGCUACACUGGUUUCCAGAAAGAUGGGGCAGAGUGGUUGGUGGAGAACACCGACAUCAAACUUAUUGGACUUGAUUACUUAUCUGUUGCUGUAAAACCAGAUAAGGAUUAUGUGUAUCAGGUGUUGGGCAAGGAUGUAAUUCCCGUGGAAGGAUGUCUGAGGCUAACGCAGCUCCAACGAGAUGCAUACUUGUCCGGUGAUCUCCUUGGACAGGAUUGGUUACUAUGA